CUGGGAUACAAUCAAGUCCUUUCCACAUCGGCAAAAUGCCGGGCGGGUCUUCCGGUUCGUUUGGUUCCGGUUCAGGAUCAGGCACUGCAUCCGCUUCCGGGGCCGGCAUGCCGAGUCCAUUCUCUACCGGAAGCGGAAGUGGCUCGGGUGGAAUGGGCGGAUCUGGUGGAAGUAAUAGUGGAGGGUUCAACCCGAUGUUUCCUGGAGCUGGUAUGACGGCAGACGGCGGAAGUGGAAUGGGUAUGGGUGGGGGAGGAGGCGGAGACGGGUCUAGCGGAUCCGGAAGUGGAUGUUCCGGUCCGUUUUGUUCAUCAACUUCCUCUCAGAAUUCAGGGACAGGAUCCGCCACUGGAUCUUCUUCCGGUGCUGGCAUGCCGAGUCCGUUCUCUACCGGAAGCGGAAGUAACUCUGGUGGAAUGGGCGGGUCUGGUGGAAGUAAUAGUGGAGGGACGGGAUCCGCCACUGGAUCUUCUUCCGGUGCAGGCAUGCCGAGUCCGUUCUCUACCGGAAGUAACUCUGGUGGAAUGGGCGGGUCUGGUGGAAGUAAUACCGGAGGCAUGACGGGAGGUGGAGCUGUAGGGGGAACCGGAAGUGGAUCUAAAUGUACAGGACCGGCUUGCUCAGCCACAAAUGGUGAAACAUUGCUUUCCAAAAUACCCACAGUAACUGGGGCUCCAACGGGGACGAGAUGUCCUAACACCGACCUCUGUGUACAAACGUGCAAGUACACAGUCAAACUCGGACCAGCUGGAUCAGACGGAUGUCACUCGUGCGCAUGCGUUAUGAAAGAAGAGACCAGACCACAACAGAACCUUUGCAAUAAGGUUGUCCAAUGCAUUUUGAACUGCAAAACAGGAUAUGAGGUCGGCAACUCGAAAGACCAAGAUGGCUGUCCGUCGUGUGUAUGCCAUCAACCCCCUACACCCGCCCCAACAGAGGCUCCUGUUCAGUCAUCUUGUGACGUCACAACUCUCGCCUGCAUGACAAGAUGUAGAUACGGGUAUAACAUUCAGAACGCUGCGACGUCACAAUGUCCAGUCUGUAAAUGUUUGCCAGCGCCAACCACGCCUGCCCCCACCACCAGACCGGGUGUUUAUUCCGUCUUACAGAACUGUCCGGCCGCCGUACACUGCAUGACAUCGUGUAGUCAUGGUUAUUCCAUGGUCACGAGACCAGGAGAGGCGUGUCCCAUUUGCACUUGUAACACAGUGACGGUAUCAAACGUGGAAUGUGCCACGCCCCUCUCCUGUCCACGUGGCUGUAAGGUGGGGUACAAAUGUGGUACCGAUGGCUGUCCCGUCUGUGAAUGUAUCAGACCAGCAGAGGUAGGUGCUAGUCUCACGUCGACCUACCUGACGGCCUCCCUCGUGUGUAGUGCUCACUUCACGUGCAUCAACAGGUGCCCGUUUGGCUACCAGACUGGACAUAAUGGCUGUCCCUCGUGCCAAUGUCUCGAGCCUGUAACAGGACAUCUAUCUACGAUUGGAACAGUUAGUACAUCAGCGGGAACGGAAAAUUUCGGCCAUGUUGUUCAACACUCAGUUCAGAAGUGGAGCUUUUCGCAGAUUCUAAAGAGCUGUCAGAACGUUUUGCAGUGUGUCGCCACUUGUACCUCCGGUUUUGAGAUUACCGCAGCCCCUGCGGGAUCUUGUCCAGACUGUCUGUGUAAAGCAAAGACUCAAAUCACAACAGGAAGUGUGACAAACGCCAUUACCGGAAGUGGACACGGUUCCUCCCAAACCGGGAUUGCUGUAGUACCUGCAGCUGUAGUGGUACCUGCAACCGAACAGCACAUCCCACACUUACCUUCGCUAGGUGGCUCUGCUGUAACCGGAACCGGAAAUAGUAUUCACUCAGCAGGGAAUAAUAUCGGUAACCUACCAUCGGUAGGAGCAGGACAUGGUGGUACUGGUUCCCAUGGAGCUGGAGGAGGGCCAAUGGCGGGAGCUACAGACUGUUUAGGACCAGCAUGCUCAGCUCCGAAUGGUUUACAUGUACUUGGCAAUGGCCACCCGAAGAAACUCUCGCCGAACCAGUGUGCUAAUGUACUGACAUGUGUGAUGACGUGUACAUACGGGUACAAACUUGGCGCUAUGGCGAACAACGGUUGUCCGCAGUGUGAAUGUCUCCAAUGAUUUCCGGAAUGUUUAAAAAUAACAAUAAAUAAA